AUGGAUACACAUUUAACGAAUAUCGAGUCAUAUCUUGCAACUAUGCAAGCUCCAAUCCAGAUGCUCAAUGCACGAAACCAAACGGCCGAAGAUUAUGAGCGUGAAUCUUGGUUAAAGUUGAAUGAACUAGAAGACAUAGAGAAAUUUACAGAUUUUUGGUGGGCAUCAUCAGAAAUUUUGAGAGAUCCGUCUGAACAAAAAAGGUUUGUGUUACUCAAAAAUAAUGAAGAAAGAAUUCGUUUUCUAGAAGGGUUGACAGGUUACGAUCGGUCUGGUACAUUUCGUGGUAGUCCAUGGAAACGUCAACUCAGUGGUUCGAGUGGACCAAGUAGUAGAGGAUCCGUUGGUAGCGGAUCAGGUUCUCCAGGCGUAGGAGGAUUUGCCCAAUUUGGUGGUGCUGGCUUUACAAACAUUGGAGGGACUUCAAAUCUGGGUGGUGCUGGCUUUACAAACAUUGGAGGGACUUCGAAUCUGGGUGGCGCUGGUUUUUCAAAUACUAUGGGUGGUGCUGGUUUUUCACAUUUUGGUGGUUCUGGCUCGCCAAACCAAUUCAGAUCAAGACACGGAUUUCAAGUUCCAAACUCUAACCCAGAAGUUAAUGUAUCUCCAAAUCCUAGGGUUGUCUCUGGUGAAGGUUUGGCGUUUAGACCUGCGUCUGCAGCCGAGUUACUCGAACGUUUUAAUUUGUCCGACUUUAAUCGCUCAGUUGGAAACAAUGAUAAUGAUGGCGAAAUCUAA